AUGGAUUUUGGGGCUGGACACGUUCACCCACAAAAAGCCAUGGAUCCAGGAUUAGUCUACGACAUCAGUUCAUACGAUUACAUUGAUUUCCUCUGUAAUUCCAAUUACACAACCAAAAACAUCCAAGUGAUUACCAGGAAGCACGCCGAUUGCAGUCGGGCAAAAAAAGCAGGACACACCGGAAACCUAAAUUUUCCGUCAAUGACUGCUGUGUUCCAACUAUACGGGAAGCGGAAAAUGUCGACACAUUUCAUCAGAACAGUGACGAACGUGGGUGAAGCAAAAUCUGUUUACACUGUGAGCAUAAAGCCACCAAGAGGGAUGAACGUGACAGUGGAGCCGAUGAAGCUUGCUUUCAGGAGGGAGGGGCAGAAACUGAACUUUCUGGUUAGGGUGAAAGUGGUGGCGAUGAAGCUGUCGGCCGGAAGUUCCAUUACAAAGAGUGGAUCGAUAGAGUGGUCGGACGGGAAGCAUGUUGUUAGGAGUCCGCUGGUUGUGACAAUGCAAGAACCCCUGUGA